UACACACUUAGCAAAUAUUUUGGUAUCUAUAAAGAACUUCCUUCUUGCUAAUGUUUACGUACAUAUCUUGAUAACAUUACAGUGUUGUUGUCAUGUUCUGUGUUUUACGGGUGAACCUAUGAUAACGGUGAAGAAUAUGUUUUACCCUUAUACCACUGUUACUCUCAUUUAACAGAAAGGACUUGUAAGUUAAGAUAUUCUGUGACGUCACAUGACGUUGUAAAAACGAUCGUUCGUUGAGAAUACGGCAAAGCAUUGCCUGCACACAUCUGUACGCUUUAAAAGGCAGAGGAAAAUUUAGUUCGUCUGAUAGCGGACAUAACCAAAAACAAAAAUGGUUUUGUUUCAAAUUUCAUUCCUGUUGUUCCUUGCAUUACCCGAGUUGCCACUGUCACUCGUGCGUGGCGAAAAUGAUGCAUGGAACCAGAACGUUGAAUAUUUUGAGAAAGUAGAUUUAGACUGUGCUAAAUUCUAUAAACAUAGUGCCGUCAUUCAUUCUGUAAAAGCUUGGAUAAUGCCGUCUAGUGACGUUUGGUUGACUGGAUCGGAUACAGAUGUUAAAGAUGGCCAAAUCGCUGUCAGAAACAAUGGAUUCCUUUUGUCCAUUGCCAGGCUUGACGAUGAAGACUUCGGGGUAUAUUAUUGCAUUGUAGAUACAGGGGUAAACGGAACGCAGGUUGUAAAAAUAGGGAUCAAUGUAGAUGGACCUUAUUAUGGACCGGAACUGACGAAAGAGUUAAAACAUGACGCAAUGGUUGGUGGAAUUGCUGCAGGCUGUGCACUUGUCCUGUUCAUUAUACUGUGGUUACUCUGCGCAUAUUGUACGGAAACACCGCCCCCACCCAGUAUCGUAUUCAUCAAAGAUAAUCAAAACAUUCCAGAAAAGGAGACUAAAACAGAAAAUAUGCAAAUGACGAAGAUUGGAGACAGCGUCUAUUACAACGCAGAUGAAGUGACGUCACAGCAAGAACCAAUCGUAAAGGAAGAGCCCAAAUCCGAGACGCUAUCGUCUACAAAUUCUGGAUAUUAUCAUUCAAUCGAUAGUAUCGAUCGGAAGACAAAUCAACAAAAUAUCGACCCAGCUGAUGUUUACAUGUAAUUACAAAUAAAAUGUACUAUAAAACUGU